CAAGUGGCAUACACUCCGUCUAGAUAUUUCCUAUAUUUAUGGUCAAUUGUGCUGUGUUGUCAAUAGCGUGUCAUAAUAACUGAUUUCGCAAAAAACUUAUUUUAAUUAAAUUAAUUUUUUUUAUUAAAAUAUGAAUGAAAUAGAAAGCCUGCGACAAAGAAUUUUAGAACUCGAAAAUGAAUUAAAAAAGAAAGAUAAAAAUGCGGCAACAACGAGAGAAAAGAUCGAACAUAUGUCAGAAGAAGUAGUGGAUUCAAAUCCAUAUAGUCGAUUGAUGGCAUUGAAGCGUAUGGGUAUUGUUGAAAAUUAUGAAAAGAUACGAGAGUUAACCAUUGCUAUAGUUGGAAUUGGUGGUGUUGGUAGUGUAACAGCAGAAAUGUUGACAAGAUGUGGUAUCGGAAAAUUGAUAUUAUUUGAUUAUGAUAAUGUAGAACUUGCAAAUAUGAAUAGACUAUUUUUUCAACCACAUCAAGCAGGUCAGAGCAAAGUAGAAGCAGCAGCAAAUACUUUGCAUUAUAUAAAUCCUGAUGUGGAAAUUGAGGUGCACAAUUAUAAUAUUACAACUAUUGAUAAUUUUUCAGAUUUCAUGAAUACAAUAAGUACUUCCAGCUUAAAAAAUGGACCAGUUGACUUGGUAUUGAGCUGUGUCGACAAUUUUGAAGCUCGUAUGGCAAUUAAUACCGCAUGUAAUGAACUGAAUCAGAAAUGGUUUGAAAGUGGCGUUUCCGAAAAUGCUGUUUCUGGUCAUAUCCAAUUCAUUGUGCCUGGUGAAACAGCCUGUUUUGCAUGUGCUCCACCUUUGAUCGUAGCAUCUAGUAUCGACGAGAAAACUUUGAAACGUGAAGGUGUAUGUGCUGCAUCAUUGCCUACCACUAUGGGUAUAGUGUCAGGUUUUUUGGUGCAGAACACUUUAAAAUUCUUACUAAAGUUUGGACAAGUGUCUUACUAUUUGGGUUACAAUGCUAUGGAAGACUUUUUUCCUACAAUGACUUUAAAACCUAAUCCAAAUUGCGAUGAUGCACAUUGUAGACAAAGACAAAAAGAAUAUGCACAAAAACCAAAAAGUCAACAAAAGCCAAGCAAGAUUAUAGAAGAAAAAGCUAUACAUGAAGAUAAUAAAUGGGGAAUUUCAUUAGUCGAUGAACAAAAUGAGCAACCAGAUGAAACAACAUCGACUUCAGGUGUACGAUAUGCCUAUACUAUUUCUACACCUACUCAUGUUACCAAUUUAGAAAGAGAACAAACUGUUCCUGAAUCUACAGGAGCAAGUUUAGAAGAAUUAAUGGCAGAGAUGAAAUCUAUUUAAAAAUAGUGCAAUAAAAAUUCACAUAUUCCAUACUUGAAAUAUUUUUUAAUUUUAUAUUCGAUAUCAAAUAUAUAAAUGAAUUGUACUUUUAUUUUAAUUAUUUAUAAAUGUAACUCUUUUUGUUGCAAAAUGAUUUUAAUGUAUGUAUAAUGUGAUAUAUUUUACGUAAAUAAAACAUUUAACAAAUAAAAAGUAAAGAAAAAGA